CUCUCUGAGCCCCCAAGCGCCCCCUGGAGGAAGAUAACUCUCAUGAAACAGUUCUAAACACGUGCAUGUGCCUCCUACGCAAUAGUAGGAUUCCUAUCUGGUCAAACGUGAUAUCUGUUGAAGUGAAUCUUCGCUGGAUACCGAAAAGAAAUCAAGAAACUGGUUCAUUGACACUCCAAACAGCACUCUUGCCUAUUUUAAUCUUUGUGGCAACCAAGGGUUCAAAUUACCCCCAUGUUGGAGGGUUCCAUUUGUGUAUAGAGUCAUGUCCAGCUCUCAGAUGUCCUUCCUGUCUGCUGUGCUCUGCAUUGCUUUUUUGCAUAAAAUUUUGUGUCACAACUGCUCCGAGAACUGUAAAGCAUGUGGGGGAAUAGAGAAAGUCCAGUGCUUGCAGUGUCACACAGGAUUCACCCUCCACGACAACAUGUGUGUGGAUAUUGACGAAUGUGGUACUGAACUGGGUCAUUGCCCUUAUAACACAUACUGCUUGAACAACCAUGGAUCUUUUGAGUGCAGAGGAUGUGACAAGGCUUGUGCUGGCUGUAUGGGUGGAGGAGCUGCCCACUGUAAGAAAUGUGCUGUAGGAUACAGAUCAUCAGGGAUGAGAUGUUUAGAUAUUGAUGAAUGCAGUGAAGAGGUGUUGGCCUGCCCUGGUCUCAGUGUCUUCUGUGUGAACACAGAGGGGUCUUUUCAGUGUCAGUGUGCAGAGGGGUACACACGCAAGGACAACACCUGUGAGAGGAACCAACCAAGAGCUGGUGAAGAAAAGGGUCUUUUUGAUGACAUUCAGGAAGAUGAAAUCGAGGUUCUGCAGCAAAUGUUCUUUGGUGUGGUGCUGUGUGCAUUGGCCACAUUGAUGGCAAAAGGGGACCUGGUGUUUACCUCUAUCUUCAUGGGUGCAGUGGCUGCCAUGGCUGGAUACUGGCUCUCUGAUAAGAUUGAUCGAGUGAUGGACACUCUCAUAAGAGGGAGAUAAAAACAAAGAAGCCUGCAACAGACUUGUAACGUUAUUUGCAAUGCUUUUUAUAUAUAUAUAUAUAUAUUAUUUUUUAAAUUUUUUGUGGCCCUUUAUUGCACUGCAAAAUGGCCAUAUGUUGACACUUGACACUGAAUUGACCCAAGGAAAAUGUCAAUAUGCGUGUUAAAUAAAAAAAGGAUUAGCACAAACUGUCAAACUCAGAAGAAGACAAAAAUGUGCUAUAUUCCAAAGUUUCUGAAGCAAUACAGUACAAUAGUUUUGUUUGAGCAGAAUGAAAUUUAAUCCCCUCUGUUGCAACUCUCAAAUCCCAUUCGCACUUGUGCAUUUUCAAUAUUUUUAAAGAUUUGGUGUCAAUGGCACCAUUAUUAACAUAAUAUAAAUAAAAAAAAUAAAAACAACAACAACAAAAGAAUGCAUACAAUAUGUUAAUACAUUCUGUUAUAAAAAAGGCUAAAACUAACAGAAUUUUCCCCAUGUAACUGCAUACUAACAAGGGCUAUCAAUCAAUUAAAAUUUUAACCAAAUGAAUUACAUGUUAUGCUGAUUAAUUAAUAGAAUUAAUUGCAAUUAUUCACAUACAUUUAUAUUUGCAGCAAAAGGCCCCAAAAUAAAAAUAAUUAAAUAUAUGAUUAAAUAAUUAUAAUUAUAUUUAAACAAUUAUAUAUAUAUAUACUGAUGAGGCAAAACAUUAUGACCGCCUAAUAUGCUGUUGGUCCUCCGCGUGCUGCCAAAACGGCACCGACCUGCCAAGGCAUGGACUCUACAAGACUCUACAAGUCCCUGAUGUCCUGUGGUAUCUGGCACCAAGACAUUAGCAGCAGAUCCUUUAAGUCCUGUAAGUUGUGAUGUGGAGCUGCCAUGGAUCGGACUUGUUGGAAAUCGGAUUGAGAUCUGUGGAAUCUGGAGGCCAGGGCAACACCUUGAACUCUUCAUCAUGCUCCUCAAAACAUUUCCGAACAAUGUGUGCAGUGUGGCAGGGCGCAUUAUCCUGCUAAAAGAGGCCACUGCCAUCAGAGAUUACCAUUGCCAUGAAGAGGUGUACCAACGAUGUUUAGGUAGGUGGCACGUGUCAAAUUGAUGUCCACAUGAAUGGCUGGACCCAGGGUUCCCAGCAGAACAUUGCUCAGAGCAUCAGACUCCCUCUUGUCAUCUUCCCACAGUGCAUCCUGGUGCCAUCACUUCCCCAGGUAAACGGUGCACAUAUACACAGCUGUCCACGCAAUGUAAAAGAGAACGGGACUCAUUGGACCAGGCAACCUUCUUCCACUGCUCCAAGGUCCAGUUCCGAUGCUUGCAUGCCUAUUGUAGGCACUUGUGCUACGCAGCUCCAUACACAGUAGGGUGCGAAGCACUGUGUGUUGUGAAAUAUUCCUCCCGUAACCAUCAUUAAAAUAUUCUGUGACUUGUGCCACAGUAGACCUUCUGUCGGUUCGGACCAGACGGGAUAGCCUUCAUUGUCCUUGCGCAUCGAUGAGCCUUGGGUGCCCAAUUCUCUGUCGCCGAUUUGUCCCUCCUCGACCACUGUCGGUAGGUACUCACUCACCAUUGCUUACCGAGAGCACCCCACAACCCUUGCCAUUUCAGAGAUGCUCUGACCCAGUCAUCUGGCCAUAACAAUUUGGCCCUUGUCAAAGUCACUCUUUACUCCUGCCCAUUUCUCUUGCAUUCAACAUGUUGACUAUGAGAACUGAUUGUUUGUUUACCAUCUAAUCUACCCAGACCUUGACAUGUGGCCUUGUUGGGAGAUGAUCAAUGUUAUUCGCUUCACCUGUGAGUGGAUAUGUUUUGGCUCAUCGGAAUAUGUAUAGUUAUAUAAUAUUUCAGAUAAAUAAAUAACAUUACAUUGUUGUGGCAGGCGAUUACAAAAUUACAUUACAGAAAAUGACUUUAGAUGGCACUGUAUUUUUUAUUUCCAUAUAAUUUAACAGAAGCCUAUCAUUGGCCUACAGUUAACGGCAAUAUAUUUUGCAAUUGAACUCGUCAAUCUGUCCGAGGACUUUUUGUAAGGACUUUUCUAAGGAUGUGUCUACAGUAUAUACACAUGCGUCAGACGGAUGCUUUUGGAGCGUCUCGCAUUGGUUGCGUCGCACCAUAAACAGCGUUUUAAGGACACCAUGCUUACUGUUCCUUGCUGACUGAGACUCGUAAAAACAUGAAGGUGGUACAAUACUUCAAUCUUAAAUUGCUCUGAUGGAAGGAAAAUUCCUUAUUACGGUCUGGAGGCAUGAUUAAUUGUGUUCAUUUUUAACAAGUUAUUUGUAAUAAUUAAUUGCACUGAAUUUAUGCGUUAACGCGACAGCCCAAGUACUAACAAAUUCCAUGUAAUAAUAUACCGAUAUAAUGUGUAUUUUUAUCAGGGCAAUGUGAAACACUUUGGACAUAAACGAAUAAACUUUUGU